GGUUGAGAGGACGGACAACUACGGGUCUUCGUAAAGGGAAAAACACGAAAAGAACAACCCGCUUUUCGGCUAAUGAGAGUGUGGGGCGAUUUGCGAAUUGAAAGCACUCGUGUUAAUGUGGAUAUUUUGAUCAUAAUAUUGGCUGGUGGAGAGGUUGACAGCUACACGUGUGGCUGAAGUGCCUGGCAGCCUGGACAAUCUGACAGACAAGUCAGAAUUGGUAGUUCCUGCUGUUCAAAGAAGGCGCAAGUUUUAAAGUGACGCUCCUAGCAUCUGUGGUUGUUUGUCCCUAAGCCACUCAAAUAGCGUCAUGGCGUCAGCCCCAGCGCAGCAACCCGUCCUGACGGUCGAACAGGCAAGAGUGGUGCUGAGUGAGGUGAUUCAGGCCUUCUCCGUUCCGGAGAAUGCAGCGCGGAUGGACGAGGCGAGGGAGAGCGCAUGCAAUGAUAUGGGCAAGAUGCUGCAGCUGGUGCUUCCUGUCGCCACCCAGAUCCAACAGGAAGUUGUGAAGGCAUAUGGCUUCAACAAUGAGGGAGAAGGUGUCUUAAAAUUUGCACGACUGGUUAAGAUGUAUGAAACCCAGGAUCCAGAGAUUGCUGCCAUGUCUGCCAAACUCAAGUCCCUCCUACUGCCCCCCAUGUCAACUCCACCCAUAGGGGGCGGGAUCACAAGCUCAUAGACACACCUGCCAAACUUUACUUUUGUCAUCAGUGUAAAUAUUAGGUGAAGUACGUCAAAGAGCUCAUUUCUAAGCAACCAUGUAAAAAAAAAAAAAAAACCUACCAGAAGAAAAUCAAAUGAGAUUUUUUCAAAUGGCCAAUUACCUGAGACAAAAUUGUCAGGGAGGUAUUAUGUUUUGAGACUGACAUCCAAGAUGAGAUGCAUGUGAUCAAACAUUCAGCACUGAAAAUAGUCUGUUACACAUUCUGUAAUAUACUUUAGAUGGAAGUGUUGAAAUGUUUCAACGCUAGACCCUGGUUUCUGCUUUCGAGGCAGGAAGAGGAACUUUGAGAAGAAUUUUCUCCACAUUCCCACUGUAUAUUCCCGGGGUAAAUGGGAUCAGUACCUCACAACCAAUUCCAAUAGCAUUGCUUGCCAAUUUAUUCCAUUGUUAAACAUCUUUCACAAAUGUACUUUCCUUCUAUUCAUUUCUUCCUCUUCCCAUUCCCAUUUUAAGUGUAUAUUAAGAUGAAGAAAUAUCCAGGUUCUUGUACUGUUAGAAAACAGGUUAUUCCACGUGUUCAUGUUUUUUAAAAUAUAUUUAUGUGCACAGCUUAAGUUAACAUCAGUUCUUUAAAAUUUCCAUUACCAAAUAAACACUACAAUAUAAACAGAUAA